AUGACGUUCACUUUCAAUCAAAAUGUCUCGGCACAGCAGCUGGCCGACCUCCUACCGAACGGCGUCGCCAUCCUCACCCACCGAUAUGAACUAGUCUCCGUGAAUCGCCGGUUCCGAGAACUCAUACCAUGCCCAAGCGUCAACUUCUCCGAGUGUUGGUUACACUCGGUCCAUCCGGACGACUACGAGCGUGUGUCCAAUGGAUAUCGCGAGGUCGAAACCUCCAAACAGCCGCUACGUCUCGAAUACCACACCCGUGACCCGGACUCGAUUUGGUGUGUCAUGACUUUGGAUCGAUUGGAUGAUAAGGAUGUACAAUGCUUUGGGCUAGGCGACGGUGGGGUAUUCAUCUGUACAAUCGCAGAUAUUACCCCGGAGAAAAAGGCGGAGCUCCUACAGAGGCAGGCGGCGGAAGAGGCACAGGAGCGCAAGAAGCAACAAGAGCGAUUCAUCGAUAUGAUUAGCCACGAAAUUCGUAAUCCUCUAUCUGCGAUAGUUCAUUGCACGGAGGAUAUUCAAGAGGCAAUCUAUAACAAAAAACCAGAAGAAAUCUCAGUCAUGAACAUCAGCGAGGCAGCCGAGACAAUUAGUCUCUGUAUCAGGCAUCAAAAGAAAAUCGUGAACGACGUUCUCACCUUUUCGAAACUUGACGCGUCGAUGCUGCCACUGUCGCCACGAAAAGUCCAACCACAGCGACAUCUGACCAUUCCAAUGGCGAUCUUCCGACCCGAGCUCCGAAAGCACAGAAUACAUUUCGAAUACAAGGCCGAUGUUUCCUAUGCUGAAUGUGGCAUUGAUUGGGUCAUGGCAGAUCUGGAUCGAAUGGGACAGGUUCUCGUCAACAUACUCUCGAACGCUAUCAAAUUCACCGCCCAAUCAGAGAGUGAGCGAUCGAUCCGAGUCUCCGUGGGUGCUUCGGUCGAGCGUCCAACUUCAUACCCGCCAAAUAUUGUCUUCUUCGAUUCCAGCGAAUCGGCUCUCCGCAGCGACGCGACCAGCAAUUCCGAAUGGGGAAGUGGGGAAGUGGCGUAUAUCAUGGUCUCCGUCAAGGACUCCGGUAUUGGAGUCACCGAGGAAGCACAGAAAAGGCUUUUCCAACGUUUCAACCAAGCAACCCCCAGAACCGAGAGCAUCUACGGUGGCUCUGGCCUUGGCCUCAACGUGUGUAGGAAGCUCUGCCACCUCCAUGGCGGUGAGAUUGGCGUGAGUUCCAAGAAAUCUCACGGAAGCACCUUCGGGUUCUUUUUCAAAGUACGCAGAACAACCAACGAUGGUGUCAAGGGAGAUGAGAGCUUCGGUGUUUCUGCGAUCGAUAAACUUUGCGUUGAUAUCCAGACACUGGGAAAUAGAAUGAGCGGUGUCAAUCAAACGACGGAAGAUCCCCAGAUGUCGGAAAACCCCCUGAAGAUAUCGUGUUUGAGGCGCAGCCAGGUCGAGAACGAUCAGAUCCAAGAAGCGAACCAGAAACUAACCGGUGAUGGUCAGCAUAUUCUGUUGGUCGAGGAUAAUGUUAUCAACAGGCGACUCAUCUCGCGCAGGUUGAGCACACUGGGCUUUGACGUAUCGGAAGCUAGCAACGGGAAAGAGGCCGUGGAUGCGAAUCAAAAUACGCCAUUCGAUUGCAUUCUCAUGGAUCAGCAGAUGCCUGUGAUGGAUGGCAACUGUGCCACGAGAGCAAUUCGUGAUACUGAAAAGGAAAGUGGAGGACAUGUACCUAUUCUGGGAGUCACGGCGAAUGCCAGAGACGAACAACAACAGGAAAUGAUCGAUGCUGGGAUGGAUGAUAUCAUCUAUAAGCCUUAUGCGACUCAUGAGCUUGUUGAAAAGAUCAAUCGCAUGGUUUCAAAGGAAGGCAACCCAUGA